AAUCAACAGAUCAACCACAAAAUGGCCUACAACAAGAUUAAGUGGAUCACCGCCAUUGCACUCAUUGCGGUUGCUACCCAAAUAUCAAUCGUUGCCUGUGGGUCACGUGGCCCUUGUGAUGGGCUAAGACUCGAUCGGCACGCAACCGACGAGUUCAUGACAGCCAGAAAAUGCAUUUCACUGUUCGGCACAUGCUGCAGUACCGAGCUGGACCUUGACCAUUAUAAUGAAGAUCCGAGAACGAUGAAAUCAACCGACGAGUGCUACACUUGUUACAACAGCAACAUCAGCGUGAAAUGCACGGGAAAACUGGUGAAAUUUGAGAACGGACUGAAAGCUGAAAGUUGCACGGAGCUCGGCGGUAAAUGCUGCGAUACGACAUCGAAAGGCGGUUCGGCUUUCUCCGCCAUCGAUUUCCCGACUAAUCACGGGGUGAGAGGAUGCGAUUAUUGUUACAGUGGUAAUCCCCAAGUUAACGGCUGAAUCGAAAUGCAUCCGUUAGAUGUAUACGAAUUAUUUAAACAAUCACGAAUUUUUG